AUGGCUUCUUCUCCCGGCGAUAUUGAGCUCGGUCCCACCAACACGUACAAGAGCAAAGACGACUCCUUCACCUACGGGAGCUCACAUAGCAUGCGCGAGCCCGAGUACGAGCAGCAUCCGCCGCUGCGCUUCGAGCGCCUGGUUGACUCCUUUCGCCGCGACCCCAACUCGACCUUUCUCCUCGCCGACCACGACCACGACUCCGCCAUUGCGCGCCGCCAGCAUAACGGCUCCCACUACUACGAUCUGCACCUCGCUACGCUCGAGAAUGCCCACAUCGGGCUCUCGCGGAGCCUCAAGGGUCGCCACCUGCAGAUGAUUGCGAUCGGUGGCUCCAUCGGCACCGGCUUGUUCGUUGUCUCGGGCAAGGCGCUGAAUGCCGGCGGGCCCGCCUCGCUACUGAUUGCCUUUGGCAUCAUCGGCGCCAUGCUGUACUCGACCUGCCAGGCGCUGGGUGAGCUCGCUGUCAUUUUCCCUAUUGCCGGGUCGUUUUCGUCCUGGGCGACCCGGUUCCUCGAUCCAUCAUGGGGGUUUGCGAUGGGCUGGAACUAUGCUCUGCAAUGGCUCUCUGUGCUACCGCUCGAAAUCAUUGCGGCCUCGUUAACAAUAGGCUAUUGGAACGAUAAGCUCACCAAGGCCAUCUUUGUCACCAUCUUCCUCACAACCAUUGUCCUCAUCAACAUGUUCGGCGUUAAAGGUUACGGCGAGGCCGAAUUCCUCUUUUCCAUCAUCAAAGUCAUUGCCGUCAUUGGUUUCAUUCUGCUUGGCAUCGUGCUCAAUUGUGGCGGCACCCCUGAUCGAGGUUACAUUGGCGGCGAGUACUGGCGCGAUCCUGGCGCUUUUAACAACGGGUUUAAGGGACUCUGUAGUGUCUUUGUCACCGCCGCGUUCGCUUUUACUGGGACGGAGCUUGUCGGUCUCGCGGCCGCAGAGACGGCCAACCCUCGCAAAUCACUCCCCACAGCCAUCAAGCAGGUAUUCUGGCGCAUCACGCUCUUCUACAUUGUCGCCCUCACCCUCGUGGGCCUCCUCGUCCCGCACGACGACCCGCGGCUGCUCGGUGGCGACAGUAAGGCUGACGCUAAGGCAUCUCCGUUCGUUAUCGCCAUCGAGGAGGCUGGCAUUCAAAUCCUACCGUCCGUCAUGAACUCCGUUAUCCUCAUCGCCGUCCUCUCCGUCGGUAAUUCCGCCGUCUUUGGCUCCUCACGCACCCUCGCCGCCCUCGCCAACCUCCACCAGGCGCCCAAGAUCCUCGGCUACGUCGACCGUAAGGGCCGUCCGCUCGUCGCUAUCGUCAUCGCCGGCGCCAUCGGCCUCCUCGCCUACCUCGCUGACGCAAACUCCCAGGGCAGCGUCUUUGACUGGCUGCUAGCCCUCUCCGGCCUCUCCUCCAUCUUCACCUGGGGCUCCAUCUGCCUCUGCCACAUUCGCUUCCGCCGCGCCUGGGCCCUCGCCGGGCGCAGGGUCGAGGAGCUCCCGUUCCAAUCGCAGGUUGGCGUUUGGGGAUCCUACCUCGGCCUUGCCCUCAACGUCAUCGUCAUUGUCGCGCAGUUCUGGGUGGCCGCGUUUCCGAUUGGCUGGAAGAGCAUGUCCAGCGCGGAGAUUGCACAGAAUCUGUUUUUGAAAUGGAUGAGUGCGCCGAUCAUUAUCAUUUUUUACUUUGGGCACAAGAUCUACUACCGCACGCGCUAUGUGCCCCUCAGAGACAUGGACCUCGACACGGGCCGUCGCGACUGGAACCUGCCCAUCCUGGUGACGCAGGAAAGGGAAGAGCGUAAAACGUGGCCCAAGUGGAAGCGGUGGUACAAAUUCAUCUGCUGA